GUGAAGCACGCGUCCCGCCUCGGUCUACGUCAGCAAACACGUUGCAACUUCGCAUGACAAUUGGCUGCACUCCUACAAGUUCGCAUUGAAUCCUCCAAUCGCCAUCCUCACGUCGAGAUCUGCAUUCUGAGCGUUUUGUCAAUGUAUACACGUGUUCACCGGUAGUUCACGCUUUUCCCUGCCCGCCCGCGGCAUUGUUACUCCGCCAUGUCAAACCGCGCUUUCGAUACGUCCAAAUUGGGUGCUGGGUAUGGUUUUGAGAGCUUUCCUCAGAAAAGGAUAGAAAUGCCGCCGACUUGGGCGAUCCUCUUCGGCCUGACUUUUCUGGUGGGCGCGUUAUUGUUCUGGACGUACAUGGCCCUCACACUGUUCGCACCCUCGCCUCGAAACCCUCUACCUUCCGAGAAGCAGUAUAUAACGAUAUUACCUGACGGCACGAAGAGCGCGCCAAAGCAGUUGCCAUGCUGGCUCGACAAGUGGGCAGCCGAGAAGGAGCUCGCGAAGAAGGAGGCCGCGAAAGCACCAGGAACCAGGGUCGUAAUCCCACCGCAAAUGCCAAUUGAAGCAGCAGAGCUCUUCAUGACUGUCGUGGUCCCCGCAUAUAACGAAGAGGAGCGCAUGGGCGGCAUGCUCGAAGAAGCAGUGGAAUACCUUCAGAGCCAGUAUGGCUCAGCGCAUGAGGGCGAAAAAGGCAGCGACAAAGAGAAGGGCUGGGAGAUUUUGAUCGUCAGCGACGGCAGUACGGACGGGACCGUCGACAAGGCACUGCAAUUCGCAAAGGAACACCAAUUGAGCGCGCAUCCAGUGCCAGUCGCUGGCCCAUGGACGAAGAACGGCACCGAGAUGACACUUCCCUCAACGCACAUCCCCCACGGCAGCAUCCGCGUCAUUACCUUGGAAGAGAAUCGAGGCAAGGGCGGUGCGGUUACACAUGGCAUGAGACAUGCUAGAGGGCAGUACAUUGUCUUCGCUGAUGCAGACGGCGCAAGCCGGUUCAGCGAUCUCGGCAAGCUGGUGGAGGGCUGCAAGAAGAUCGAAGAUACCGACGGGCGAGGUGUUGCAAUUGGCAGCCGAGCCCAUCUGGUUGGCAGCGAAGCCGUUGUCAAGCGAUCCAAGCUACGCAACUUCCUCAUGUACUCUUUUCACCUUCUCCUCCGCGUCAUGACCCCAGCCGCGACUGCGCGCAUCAGGGACACCCAGUGCGGCUUCAAGCUUUUCUCUAGGCCGGCGCUGCCCUACAUCGUACCGUACAUGCACUCUGAAGGCUGGAUCUUCGACGUCGAAAUGCUCAUGCUGGCCGAGAGCGCUGACAUUGCUAUGAUUGAGGUUGCGAUAGGGUGGAAGGAGGUCAUGGGAAGUAAGCUGAAUGUUAUCUGGGAUAGCAUUGGUAUGGCUUGGGGUCUGGCGCUGUUGAGGGUUUGCUGGCUUGUUGGCAUAUGGCAGAGAGAUUAGAUGAAUAGAGCAGGCGACAAUUACAACUAUAUUGACAAGUCUGCCAGACUCAAGUUGGCAC